AUUCAUUUAAGAAAUAAUUGUACCGUAAAUUAUUUGAUAUUGAGUUAUUUUAGAAUGUGUUUGCCAUCGAAGCUUAAAUAAGACCAAGUCAAAGGAACUUCGUAACGAAUGUGCUGGAGCAGAGUAAGGCUGGUGAAGCUCUAUAGUGGUGUAUUGUGGGAGAGACAGAAACCCCAGACUAGAGGCACACAAUAUGUGUUGGCUCGCAAAAAGGAGGCAGUAUCCUUUAAAUCAUGUAAUGUAAGCAGUGAGAGGUUAAAUAUCUCGCCGUUUGGUACUGAAAUAUUCGAUCGGACACAUCAUGUCCAGACUCGGGGAUAUAAAUGAAGAUCACGGUAGAAGGCAGAGUUCAAGUUUGGCGAACGGCAUGGAGAAAAACCAUCCCGUUUGCAGUUCGGGGGAGAAACGAAGUCCCCAUUGGAGAAGUUACAAGUUGAUUAUUGACCCAGCGUUAAAAAAGGGAUCGCACAAACUGUACCGCUAUGAUGGACAGCAUUUUAACAUCACUGACUCCGGGAUGCCACCCGUGGACAUGGUCAGGGAUCCGAGAAUCGGUCGCCUCUGGACCAAGUACAAGGAGACCGAUCUCCCGGUUCCACAAUUUAAGAUUGAUGAUAGCUACAUUGGCCCUGUGCCUCCAAAGGAGGUGACAUUCGCCAGGCUGAACGACAAUAUACGGGAGGGUUUUCUGAAAGACAUGUGCAAGAAAUUUGGAGACAUUGAAGAAGUGGAAAUAUUGUACAAUCCCAAGAACAAGAAACACUUGGGGGUCGCUAAAGUGGUGUUUGAAAAUGUGAAAUCCGCGAAGGAUGCGGUGCAGAAUCUCCAUAACACAUCUGUGAUGGGCAACAUGAUCCACGUGGAGCUAGACCCAAAAGGUGAGAAUCGCCUGCGGUAUUUCCAGCUCCUGAUCAAUGGCACUUACACUCCUCGAACUCUUCCGGUGGGGGGCGUGGAGUCCCGUGGGGUGUCCCCCCACACAAUUGCCGAGGCACUGCUGGAGCCCAUCAGGAGGCUGUCUGAAGGCAGUUCGUCAGUGGUGGGCGGAACAUCCACUCCGGGCACAGCCACACCCCUCUCCCAGGACACGGCCUACUUCAGCCAGAGGCAGGAGACGCCACAGUCCCAGGGCACGCCCCACACGCCCCGUCCGUCGGGUACGCCCUUCUCUCAGGACUCUUCCUACUCCAGCCGUCAGGCUACGCCCACCUACCAGCCCGGUCGCCUGGACAGCUCAGGGGGCUUCAAGUCUCGCCGGCAUGAGCCUAAGUUCCAGGACGCCUACAACCGGCGCACCGAACGCCACUACGUGCACCGGAACGAGCCGCUCACUUUCAAGCCACAGCAGCCGCCUCCCCCAGAGCCGCCGGCCCCCUCCUUCUCUCACACCCCUCCCCCCCCAGUCAGUGCUGGCUACAAGUCGGGCUUCUCCCCGUACCAGGCGCCGAUGCCCCCCACAUACCCCCACCUACCUCCCGCCGAGCCACCGUACCCCCAGCCCGUACAGCGGGAGGGGGACUACAGGCGGCCCCCGCUGCCCUCCACGCCUGACUUCGCCACGGCCCGGGACAAACCAGAGACCCCGCCGAUGCCAGAACCCCCACCGGUUCCGGUGGUCGGGCCUACAACGCCCCCGGCCCGCACGCCAUCGCCCUGCCCCUCUCCCGGCACGCCCCCCCAGCAGUCGGAGCGGCACAGUCUGGACUCGCGCAUUGAAAUGCUGCUGAAGGAGAAGCGCACCAAGCUCCCCUUCCUGAGCGAUCGCGCCGGUGACUCGGACACCGAGGUGCGCAUGGAGGGCAGCCCUAUCUCCUCCUCCUCCUCGCAACUGUCGCCCAUCCCACCCUCGCAGCCCGCCCAGCGGCCCUCGCGACCCUCCAGCACUGGCCUGGAGGAUAUCAGCCCCACGCCCCUGCCUGACUCUGAUGACGAGGAGCCCGUCCCAGGCACCGCCGCCCUGUUGCAGAACUCCAGGGCCAGCCCGCCCACCAGCUCCUUGACUAAGGGCAUCUCUGCAGGGGACCCGAUAGACCGGCAUUACACGCCCCCAGACAAAACGGACAUGGGCAACCAAUCCUCGGGUGAGGACAUGGAGAUCUCUGAUGACGAGAUGCCUGGCACACCGCAGUCUGGCGAUAAGGCCAUCGUGAUCAACUCCUCGUUGUCCCCCAUGCACCAGUCCAUCUCCAUCCCCCCGCCCGGCUACCCCCCUCUGCCCCCUCCCCAGACGGGCUUCGCUCUGCCACCCCCUCCCCUGCCCCCCCACUCCUCCGUGUCUGGGCCCCUGUCACACUUACCUGGCCCCCCGGGGGUGCACCCCGCCAUGCUGCAUCCGCUGCACCCCUACCCGCCGGGCAUGAUGCCAAUGAUGCCAGUGGACCUGGUGAGUUGCCUGCCGCAGUGGGGCAGCGUGAGCAUGUCUUUCCAGAUGCAGACACAGAUGCUGAGCCGUAUGGCCCAGAGCCAGAGCCACUUCCCUUACCCCCACUACAUGAGUGGCACGGGGGCCACCGCUGCUGCUGCUGCUGCUGUCGCCGCUGCUGCUGGGACCAUGGCCUUUGGGGGGCCCUAUGCACCCCUAUCCAUUGCCAGCACUCCCUCUGGGAGUGUGAGCCAUGAGCAGCCCUGGCCCUUCACUAGCAUGCCCAAAUUCAACCCGGCCGUGCCUCCACCGGGGUAUGAGGCCAAGAAGGAGGACCCGCACAAAGCCACCGUGGAUGGGGUGCUCAUGGUGAUCGUCAAGGAGCUGAAGGCCAUCAUGAAAAGGGACCUGAACCGCAAGAUGGUGGAGGUGGUGGCCUUCAGGGCUUUUGAUGAGUGGUGGGAGAGGAAGGAGCGCUCAGCUAAGGCCUCUCUGACGCCGGUGAAGGCAGGCGAGGGUAAGGAGGAGGAGAAAGAGAAGCCGAAGCCCAAAGAGACUAUAGCUUCCAGCUUAUUGGAGAACUGGAACAAGGGCGAGGGCCUGGGCUACGAGGGCAUGGGGUUGGGUAUCAGUCUGCGUGGUGCCAUCCGACUGCCCUCCUUCAAGGUGAAGAGGAAGGAGCCUCCUGACACUGCCUCCACUGCAGACUCUAAGAGAGUGCGGCCAUCAACGCCGGUCGAUGAUGAGAUGGAGGAUGAGGAGUCUGAGCGGGACCGAGACAUGGCCGACCUCCCGUUGGACGGGUCAAGACAGGACGGAGACGGGUCUACUGCCCGGCGACGUCAUGCUCGGCCGCUGGACAGUGAGGGAGAGGAAGAGGAGGAGGAAGAGGAGACUUCUGGGAAGGAGGAAGAGUCUUCAGACAGAGAGGAAGAACGCGGCGAAGAGGCCUCUGAGAGGCUGUCGUCAGGAAAGGAAGUAGAUGAUGAGGACGAGGAUGGUGAGGAGGACAGAGACUCUGACUCCAGCGACAGUGAAUCCUCUGAUUCAUCUGAUGAGGAAGCUGCCAGCUCAGCCUCGUCCAAAGCCUCAUCAGACUCCUCGUCUGCCAGCGGGUCCUCGUCCGACUACGAGUCUAGCUCAGAGGAAGAGGAGGCGGAGGAUGAGGCCCGGGUGAAGGAGGAGGACAACAAGGGGGAGGAGGCUCAGAGCUCUUCCACUUCAUCAUCUUCUUCUUCGUCCUCUGAUGAGGAGGAAGAGGAGGAGGAUGCGGCGGCAGCAGCGGUGGCGGCAGUGUUGGAGCCGAAGGUGCCCAGCUCCCCGCCGCGGGCGGAGCCCAGAGACGAGGCCCUGGAGCUGGCCGUGCUGGAGCAGCAGAGGCUGCGCAUGGACCCAGAGGCCCAGCAGAGGGCCAUCAGAGAGGCCGAGGAGGCCGUGGGCUCCCUCCGCUCCGGCAUGGAUGACCUGCGUCCGCCCUCGCCCAAAGGACUACCAGAUGAGGAGCCGGAGAGUGACUUGGAGGUUCCACUGCCUAAAGAGCCUAUGGAGGAUGAGGGGGCACUGAGGCCCCCCACACCCACUGGCUCCCUGGCUGACAGCGACCACGAGGUGCGGCCUAAGGUCCGUCCCGAGCCCGAGGAGGUGCCCCGCACCCCGGGCCGUGAGCACCCCACCCCUCUGGAAUCCAACAGCAGUACCACCCCCCUGCCCUCUCUGCACCUGCCCCUCCCCCUCCCGCUGCCCCUCCACCCCACCCUGGACACACGCUCCACCUGCCCGUCCCCCCUGCCUGCCCCAGGUGUCUCCCUGGUCCUGUCCCGUCCUCGGUUGCUCACGGACGAGGACCUGCCCCGCACGCCCGGCCGUGACCCGCUGGAGCGCCCGCGCAGCCUUGGCAAGUCCCAGAGCACGGAGGGCGUGCCAGUAACGCCGGGCAGCGAUGCGCCACUCACAGGCAACAGCCUGGUGCUGGGGUCGCCCCACGUGCCUGGGAGCCCCUUCACCUACCCGGCCCAGUCCCCCGUGCCGAAUGCCGGCAUCCCGCGCACGCCGGGUCGGGACUUGAGCUUUGGGCCGGUAUUCCCCUCUGACCCAUCUGCCCUCGCCGCCGGCCUUCCCCUCUUCCGCAAGACGUCAGCCACGUCGGACACCCUGGAGGAGAAGGCCGUCUUCAAGGAGCCCAUCGCCUCCCUGCCCAGCCAGGCCGCCCCCUCGCCUUUCCCCGGCACUCCCCAGGAUGCCGCUGCCCCCGCCCCCGGCUCCUACCCCGGACCCGCUGAUGCUGCCCUCGGCGGCUUGCCCACAGACAUGCCCGUACCUGUGCUGUCAGACGCCACGCCACCCAAGAGGAAGCCCGGUCGGCCCAAGUCCAAGAAGGGGCUGCAGCCGGUGCCACCCGACCAGCAGCUAUCCCCCAACGAGCUCCCGGCCAACCUGACAGUGGCGUCUCUGCCCCCUGAGCCCCCCCUGCCUGGCGUCUACCCAGAGCCCGCCGCCAUGGCGACCGACCUGGUGACCGACCUGCCGAUCGGCGGUGUCAAAAGGGAACCGUCGUUGCUGGGGCUGGACUUCAGGGAAGAGGAGCCGCAGAUGCGCACGCAGUCGCCCGGCCCGCAGACGCCCGACACACAGCCGCAGACGGUACUUUCGGACAUGAAGAGCCUCUUCCUGGAGGGGCCUAUGCAGAAGACGCGGCGCGCGCGGAGAGGCUGGGAGGAGCUGCUGCUGUCCAUGCACUCGCCCGUCAGCUCGCCGCCCAAGCCUGCCUUCCAGCUGCGCUCCGACUUUGAGGAGAUGACCAUCCUGUACGACAUCUGGAACGACGGCAUCGACGAGGAGGACAUCCGCCACCUGCAGGUCACCUACGACCGCAUGCUGCAGCUGGACAACAGUGGAAACGACUGGCUCAACGACACACUCUGGGUGCACCAUCCGCCCACCAACCUGAACGUGCCGGGGGUGAAGCGUAAGCGCCGGGACGACUGCAUGCGUGAUCAUGUGACGGGAUGUGCACGCAGCGAGGGCUACUAUAAGAUUGACAAGAAGGACAAGCUGAAGUACCUCAACAGCACACGCCUGCCGUCUGAUGAACCCAUGGAGGAGGAGACACAGGGUGUCCACAAGCCGGCGCAGCCUCAUGCCUCCACGAGGUCAGGCUCAGAGAGACGCUCAGAACAGCGCCGCCUGCAGUCCUCUUUCAGCUGCGACAGCGACCUGCUCAAGUUCAACCAGCUUAAGUUCCGUAAGAAGAAGAUCCGCUUCUGUAGGUCCGGGAUCCAUGACUGGGGUCUGUUUGCCAUGGAGCCCAUCGCUGCAGACGAGAUGGUCAUUGAGUACGUGGGCCAGAACAUAAGACAGGUGAUUGCCGACAUGCGAGAGAAGCGCUAUGAGGAAGAAGGCAUCGGCAGCAGCUACAUGUUCCGCGUCGACCACGACACCAUCAUCGAUGCCACCAAGUGCGGCAACUUCGCCCGCUUUAUCAACCACAGCUGCAACCCCAACUGCUAUGCCAAGGUGAUCACGGUGGAGUCCCAGAAGAAGAUUGUCAUCUACUCGAAACAGCCCAUCACUGUCAACGAGGAGAUCACAUAUGACUACAAGUUCCCCAUCGAAGACGUCAAAAUCCCCUGUCUCUGUGGAGCCGAGAACUGCCGAGGAACCCUCAACUAGAACCAUCAGCCCUUCUCAUGAACCGAGAGAGGGGGUAGACCUCACGCCAAAAAAAAAAAAUGGAGAAGAAGAAAUGGAGGUCCGAGAGGGGGAUCAGAGGCCGUUGAGGAGAACCUGGUCUAUCCAGAGUACCGGAUAACAUGCAGCUAGGGGUCGCAAACUCUUGAAGAGAAAAACAAACAGACAAACAAAAAC